UCCUCCUCCUUCUCCUCCUCCUCCACCUCCUCCGGCGCCCGUUUCAGCUCCCCGGGGCCCCCUGCCCGGUCGGGCGCUGACAGCAAGGGCGGGGGUCCCCGCCGCCGCCGUGUCUCGCGCAGGCUCCGGCUGGGGCAGCGGAGCCCCCGGUGCGGCCAUGGACCGGCCCCCGUCGGCGGAGGCGGAGGAGGAACUGGAGUGGCAAGUGGCGAGUCGCAGGAGGAAGGCCUGGGCCAAGUGCCGCAGCUCCUGGCAAGCGUCGGAGACCGAGGAUCUGUCCACAGAAGCGACGACGCAGGACGAGGACGAGGACGACGAGGAGGACCUCCCCGGCGCGAAGCUGCCGGCGGCCGCGGGGAGAGGAAACGUGCCCAACGAGAAGAUCGCCAUAUGGCUCAAGGACUGCCGUACACCUUUGGGAGCCUCACUGGAUGAGCAAAGCAGUAGUACACUCAAGGGUGUGCUUGUGAGAAAUGGAGGAAGUUUUGAAGAUGAUUUGUCAUUGGGAGCUGAAGCCAACCACCUCCAUGAAAGUGAUGCUCAAAUUGAAAACUGCAGUAAUAUCUUGGCCAAAGAGAGAAGACUACAGUUUCAUCAGAAAGGGAGAAGUAUGAAUUCCACUGGAUCUGGGAAGAGUAGUGGGACAGUCUCAAGUGUUUCAGAACUGUUAGAACUUUAUGAGGAAGAUCCUGAAGAAAUUCUUUAUAAUCUUGGAUUUGGACGUGAUGAACCAGAUAUUGCUUCUAAAAUUCCUUCCAGAUUUUUUAAUUCAUCAUCAUUUGCCAGAGGGAUAGAUAUUAAAGUAUUUCUGAGUGCUCAAAUGCAACGGAUGGAAGUAGAAAACCCAAAUUAUGCCUUAACAAGCCGUUUUCGUCAAAUUGAAGUGCUUACUACUGUGGCCAAUGCAUUUUCUUCUUUAUAUUCCCAAGUCUCUGGGACUCCUCUGCAGAGAAUUGGAAGUAUGUCCUCAGUGACCUCCAACAAGGAGACAGACUCACCUCCACCUUUAACUCGAAGCAACACUGCAAAUCGUUUAAUGAAAACACUAUCAAAACUAAAUUUAUGUGUUGAUAAAACAGAGAAAGGAGAGGGUAGUAGUCCUUCCCCAACAAUUGAAAAAGGAAAGAUUCUAAAUGUUUCAGUGAUUGAAGAAAGUGGCAAUAAAAAUGAUCAAAAGUCUCAAAAAAUUGUGAAGAAGAAAGAUUCAUCUUCUAUGUUGGCUACAGUUAAAGAAGAAGUCUCAGGUAGUUCAGCAGCUGUUAUGGAGAAUGUUGAUACUGAUAGACUUUCUGAUGAAGCAAAUAGUAAUUUUAACCAAGAAACUGCAAGUGAACAAAGUAAAGAAACUCAGAGUAAACUGGGUGAGGAAUCUGUAAUUAUAGAAUCUGAUUUAGGUAACGAUUUCCACAUUUCCAGCCACAAUGAGCUGGAAAAUAGCAAUGAACUGAAAAAUGUCCACAUGUCCACACCUGAGAAAGAGCCAUGUGCGCCACCAACUAUUGCAUACAUAAAAAAUAUGACAACACAGCAGAAGGACUCCUUCGAGAUGGAAGAGGUUCAAAGUACAGAGGGAGAAGUGCCUCAUGUUCCAGCCUCUUACCAGCUAGGUCUUACCAAGUCAAAAAGAGAUCAUCUGUUACGUACUGCGAGUCAGCAUUCUGAUAGCAGUGGUUUUGCUGAAGAUUCAACAGAUUGCCUAUCCCUUAAUCAUCUUCAGGUUCACGAGUCCUUGCAAGCCAUGGGGAGUAGUGCUGAUAGUUGUGACAGUGAGACAACAGUCACAUCAUUUGGUGAAGACCUUGUCACACCAACAGCAGAAGACCACCCCUGUUUUAAUGAAUCAGUGGAGGAGUCUCUCAUCCCCCUUCAGAAAGGAAAAGAGAAGGCAGCAACAGUUGCUGACAAAAGCAAGUCAGAUAGCCAGGAUUUCCCUACGUGUGAGACCGUUGAGAAUACGCAAAAUAAACAGUCCACCUGUAGUCCAGGGGAUCAUGUUACUGAAAUUACUGAAAUGAAAGAGGAUUUGUCUCCAGCACAGACGGUAGAGCUACUGAGGGAAGCAAGUGCUGAAAGUGAUGUGGAUAAAAGCAGUGAAUGUGAAUUCACUCAAUAUACCACACAUCAUAUUCUGAAAUCUUUGGCAUCUAUUGAAGCUAAAUGUAGUGAUGCGAGCUCUGAAAAUGCAACUGGGCCUCCCUCUUCUGUGGACAGAGUUAAUACAGCUUUGCAAAGAGCUCAAAUGAAGGUUUGCAGUCUGUCUAAUCAAAGAAUAGGACGCAGCCUGAUAAAAUCGAAAGAUCUGUUAAAACAAAGGUACUUACUUGCAAAAGCUGGCUAUCCUCUACGAAGGUCUCAGUCUCUACCAACCACCUUACUGAGCCCAGUAAGGGUUGUGUCCUCUGUCAAUGUUAGGUUAUCUCCAGGAAAAGAGACCAGUUGCAGCCCACCUUCCUUCACCUAUAAGUACACACCCGAAGAGGAACAGGAAUUAGAAAAGGGGAUGAUGGAGCACGAUGGUCAGUCUUUAGUUAAAUCCACCAUUUUCAUCUCUCCAUCAUCUGUGAAGAAAGAAGCAGCGUCCCAGAGUGAGGUGACCCAGUUGGAGGACUGCCAUCACAGAAGGACUCCUGCCUGUUCACAGUUUGUUCCAGCACCCAUAUCUCAGUCCUCCUGCUCCCUUCACUCCGUCCACUCUGAGUGGCAGGAAAGGCCCCUGUGUGAGCACACAAGAACUCUGAGCACUCACAGUGUUCCCAACAUAUCAGGGGCCACCUGCAGUGCUUUUGCAUCGCCUUUCGGGUGUCCUUACUCACACAGACAUGCUGCCUACCCUUACCGAGCGUGCUCUGUGAAUCCUCCUUCCACCAUAGAAAUGCAGUUGCGAAGAGUAUUGCAUGAUAUUAGAAACUCACUGCAGAAUCUUUCACAGUACCCUAUGAUGAGAGGACCCGAUCUUGCUGCUGCUCCAUAUAGUACUCAGAAAUCAUCUGUUCUACCUCUUUAUGAAAAUACUUUUCAGGAGCUCCAGGUAAUGAGGCGGAACCUGAACUUGUUUAGAACACAAAUGAUGGAUUUAGAAUUGGCAAUGCUGCGUCAGCAAACCAUGGUUUAUCAUCAUAUGACUGAGGAGGAAAGAUUUGAAGUUGAUCAGCUCCAGGGUUUGAGAAAUUCAGUGCGCAUGGAACUUCAGGACCUGGAGCUGCAGCUGGAGGAGCGCCUGCUGGGCCUGGAGGAGCAGCUGCGUGCUGUGUGUGUGCCUUCGCCCUUCCGCUCCUGCGCACUCACGGGAAUGUGUGGCAGUAGAAGCGCUGAUAACUUGUCAUGCCCUUCUCCAUUGAAUGUAAUGGAACCAGUCACUGAGCUGAUGCAGGAACAGUCAUACCUAAAGUCUGAAUUAGGCCUGGGACUUGGAGAAAUGGGAUUUGAGGUUCCUCCUGGAGAAAGCUCAGAAUCUGUUUUUUCCCAAGCAACAUCAGAGUCAUCUUCUGUAUGUUCUGGCCCCUCUCAUGCUAAUAGAAGAACUGGAGUACCUUCUAGUGCCUCAGUGAACAAACCGAAAACUCAGUCAGUGGCAAGGAAGAAAGUAUUCCGAGCAUCGGUGGCCCUAACGCCAGCUGCCCCUUCUAGAACAGGCUCUGUGCAGACACCUCCAGAUUUGGAAAGUUCUGAGGAAGCUGAAGCCUCUGAAGAAAUCCCAGAAGUCACAGGACCUAAAUCUGAAGUGGAAGAAGGACAUGGAAAACUCCCAGUAAUGCCAGCUACUGAGGAAAUGCAUAAAAAUGUAGAGCAAGAUGAGUUGCAGCAAGUCAUUCGGGAGGUUGGCAUGAAUCCUAGUAGCUGUGUAAUAUUGGACGUAUCAAUAAUAUACACUGGUGGAUGUGUUACUUGUGCUUCAGAAGAUACUUGCUGCUGAGCUGGCCUACUGUAUACAAUGUACAAUGUGUAUUUCUUCUAUGCAUAUCUUUUUUAAAAACCUACGUAGAAACUUAGGCACUUUGCUCUUUUCUAAACUAUCAAAAUUGUAGCAGUUUAAAAAGGCUAAUAUUUAUUUGUAUGUCAAUAUCUUUCAUUUGAUUCUCUAUUAGAAUUAAUUAUAAAACUUGAAGACUUCCAGACUUAUCCAACUUAUAAAUAACAUACUUCUUCAGACUAGCUUCUUAAAACACUGACCUCUAUGAGGUAUUUACUGUGCAAUAACUGAUUCAUUUUUUGAGAGCUUGAAGCAACCAAUGAUUUUCCCUCCACUGCUGUUAAUUAGUGUCACUUCCAAGAAGAAAAACUGUUCUGUUGUAAAAAUUGCUUUUAAUUCUUGAGGAGGUUACUAAUAGCAGUAGGAUAGAAUUAUAUGAGGUUACCUACAACUACUUAAUGUUCUUACACUGUAAGCCUUGUUGCCUUACACAAGACAAAUGUAAUUUUAUUAUAGCUUAUGUAGUAUUUUUCUUUGGUAAUGUGCCUUAUGUUAAACACUAUGUACGUUUUGUAUUGGCCAGACUUCUUUAUUAUAAGGAGAUGUCUCUUCUGUCUUUUAGACUAAAUAGGGUAUCAUCCAAAUAAUGGGGCCUAUGACUUGAAUGGAUAGAAAUGAAUAAGCUGGUUUUUGCUUUUUCAAAGUGAAAGUAAUUUACAUUUGUUCUCAUACAUAAAUGAUUUUAAUUCACUUUUAACCAGUGAAAACUCUUGUUUUUAUGGGGGGGGGGAAGGAAGGUGGUUUCCUAUUUGGUUUUAUAUGUGUCAAUAAAUGUGUAAAGUAACCAAAUGUUAUUAAAAUUAUUCUUUUAGCAUUUAUAAUUUUCAACUCCUAUUAUGUUUCUUUGUGUGUGAUAUUUUAAUCAAAGUGGUCGAGAUGUUAACAGUGUUCUUUGAAAGAAUAUCAAGUUUAUAAAUGUUCGAAAUAUCACACAAAGGAUGAUUUCUAAAAAAAAAAAAAAUUAAUAAAGUAUUUAUUUUGCCUAAAA